AUGGCGGCGGCGGGGAAGACCGUGUGCGUGACCGGCGCCGGCGGCUUCAUCGCGUCGUGGCUGGUGAAGCUCCUCCUCUCCCGAGGCCAAUACGCCGUCCGCGGCACCGUGCGCGACCCUGGUGCUAGCAAGAAUGCUCAUCUCAAGGCGCUGGAAGGAGCUGGGGAAAGGUUGCAGCUUCUCAAGGCUGAUUUGUUGGACUACAGCAGUGUUGCAUCAGCAAUUGCUGGCCGUGAGGGUGUCUUCCAUGUAGCUAGCCCUGUCCCUUCCGGUCGGUCCUCCAACCCUGAGGUGGAGGUCAUAGGUCCUGCUGUAGUAGGAACAACCGGAACAACCAAUGUGUUAAAGGCUUGCUAUGAGGCAAAAGUUAAGCGAGUUGUGGUGGUGUCUUCUGUUGCAGCUGUAUUCAGUAACCCUAACUGGCCUAAGGACAAGGCCUUUGAUGAAGACUGUUGGUCAGAUGAGGAUUACUGCAGGAAGAAUGAGGAUUGGUAUUACCUUUCCAAAACCCUGUCCGAACGUGAGGCUUUUGUUUAUGCAGCAAAAACAGGGCUGGAUGUUGUAACUAUUUGCCAGUUCUCGGUAUUUGGACCCUUGAUGCAGUCUAUAGUAAAUGCGAGUAGUAAAAUACUCCUUAAUUAUUUCAAAGGAGAUCAUGAGACUGUUGAAAAUAGACUCAGAAAUAUGGUGGAUGUUCGUGAUGUUGCCGAUGCUCUUCUUCUGUCUUACGAAAAACCAGAAGCGUCUGGACGAUACAUCUGCAGUUCAAAUCCAAUAAAAGUUUCUGAUAUGAUAAACAUAUUGAAGACCUUAUAUCCAACUUACCCUUAUCCCAAAAACUCUGUUGAAACGGAUGACAACUCCAUAUACAGUUCUGAGAAACUUCAGAAGCUAGGGUGGACCUUCAGGCCUACAGAGGAAACCCUCCGUGAUAGUGUUGAAUCCUACAAAGCAUUUGGCAUCCUGAAUUGA